UGGAUCAAAGCUCCUCUUUGCUUACAUGUGAGUAAAAAAUUCCGUUUUUCUUGCAUUUAUAUCACAAAUAUUUCAGCAUUUAGCUAAGUCUAUUACCUGGUCUCGCCACGUCCUCAUCUAAAACUUGUUCAACAUAGUUUUCUAGUACACCCGUUGUCUACCCUCGUUAAUCAUGACUAAACCAGCUUAUAAAGUCGCUGACAUUAAUCUUGCCAAUUUUGGACGUGAGGAGAUCACUUUGGCCGAAAAUGAAAUGCCAGGUUUGAUGUCUUUACGGCAAAAGUAUGGUCCAUCCAAACCUUUAAAAGGAGCUCGAAUUGCUGGUUGUCUUCACAUGACCAUCCAAACUGCCGUUUUAAUCGAGACACUCAUUGAUUUAGGUGCUGAAGUACAAUGGUCAUCAUGUAAUAUUUACAGUACUCAAGAUCAUGCUGCAGCUGCCAUGGCUAAACGUGGUGUUGCUGUGUAUGCUUGGAAAGGCGAGACUGAAGAAGAGUACUUAUGGUGCAUUGAGCAAACCAUUUUCUGGCCUGAUGGUAAACCUCUCAACAUGAUUCUUGAUGAUGGAGGUGAUUUGACCAAUCAUAUUCAUGAGAAAUACCCUCAACUUUUAUCUGGAAUUAAGGGUAUAUCUGAGGAGACAACCACAGGUGUACAUAACUUGAACAGAAUGUUGAAGAAAGGUCUUCUCAAAUGUCCAGCUUUUAACGUUAAUGAUUCCGUUACUAAAUCCAAAUUCGACAAUCUUUACGGAUGUCGUGAAUCUUUAAGUGAUGGAAUUAAAAGAGCUACUGAUGUUAUGAUUGCUGGUAAAACUUGUGUAGUCGCAGGUUUCGGUGAUGUAGGUAAAGGUUCAGCCCAAUCAUUACGAGCUUUCGGUGCACGAGUUAUUGUUACUGAAAUUGAUCCAAUCAAUGCUUUACAAGCUGCAAUGGAAGGAUACGAAGUCACCACCAUGGAAGAAGCCGCUCCACGAUCGUCUAUCUUUGUUACAACUACUGGUUGUAAAGACAUCAUUAGAGGAGAACAUUUCGAAGUUAUGCCAGAUUACUCAAUCGUUUGUAAUAUUGGUCACUUCGAUAUUGAAAUUGAUGUUAAAUGGCUUGAAGCCAAUGCUGUAGAGAAAGUCAAUAUCAAACCUCAAGUUGAUCGUUACACCCUUAAAAAUGGUCGCCAUAUCAUUUUGCUUGCCGCUGGAAGACUUGUUAACCUUGGUUGUGCUACCGGACACCCUAGUUUUGUAAUGAGUAACUCAUUCUCUAAUCAGGUUCUUGCUCAAAUUGAAUUAUGGACUGCUCCUGAUGGAAAAUAUCCGGUUGGUGUAUAUAUUUUGCCCAAAAAAGUGACUUGACGAAGAAGUAGCUGCUCUGCACCUGCCACAUCUUGGUGUUAAAUUGACUAAGCUUACUAAAGCACAAGCUGAAUACCUUGGUCUUCCUGAGGAUGGACCUUAUAAACCAGAUUUAUACCGAUACUGAUUGAUUUCAUUUGUAUUUUGCUACUCAAUCUUCCCUUAGUAACUGGAGAACUUCAAGUUUCAACUGAUUAAUAAUGCUAAUUAAAAUUAUGAUAUGAUAUGAGCAA